CUAUUUUCUCUCUCUAUAAAUACACUCUGUUAACCCUCAUUCCCCAUAAACUUUUUUUUUACUAUUCGUCUCUUAAUUACUUUCUCUCUGUUUUUACCGUCUCUUUUUUCCCCCUGAAAUCAUGGCUGAAGAAGUUUCAUCACAGAUGAAUUCACUCUCAAUCUCCGAAACCAAUCCAUCAUCAUCUGCAACGAUCUCGCUCGUUUCAGGUGACGACAUUGUUUUCAAGGUCGAACCUACUAUCGCCAAAGAGAUGGAAACCGUUCAAUCGUUCAUCGACGAAACCGACGGCAAAAUCACAACAAUUCCUCUCCCCAACAUUUCCAGCCACGAUCUUCCCUACGUAAUUGAAUACUGUGAGAAGAGCAUCGCCGGAAAGAUCACCAAGGAGUUCGAAGCGGAGUUCGUGAAAAAGCUGAACAACGAAGAGGUGAAAGAGCUUUUUCUCGCUGCAAAUUAUUUGAACAUUAAGAAACUUCUGGAUUUUUUGAGCCAGGUUAUUGCUGAUCGAAUUGCGAACAAGAGUGUGGAAUACGUGAGAAGGUAUUUCGGAAUUGAGAACGAUUUUACGCCGGAAGAAGAGGCUAAGCUUCGUGAAGAACUCGCUUGGACUUUUACUGGAGUUGAUCCCGAUGAUGAAGAUGAGAAUUGAAAUUAGGGAUUAGGGAUUUUUUUUUUCAAUGUCGAAAUUAUGAAAUUGAAAUUACAUUGUAAUUUUUCCCUAAUAAUAUACAAUCUGAGUUUGCUUUGA